UACCAGUUAGGGAUCUGAGUAAGAAAGCUACAAGGAGUUUCACAGGAACACAGUUGGAGCCAUAGUGUUCCCCCUUUUCUUCUACAGACUGAAGCAUGCCAUCCCCAGGAGUAAAGGGUACACGGGAGCGGGCCAAAAAGAGUGCACCAGUAGCUGGAGCUGGUGAGAAACGCAGGAAGGACCCGAGGGCAACAGAGCCCCCGAAGCCAGGCUGGGCCUUGAGUCAGGAGAGGCUGGCGGCCAUGCCCCCCACAGAGCGCCGCCGCCACCUGCUCUUUGGAGACCUGCUCGACGACGCAGGCGCGGCCGCCUCCAUCUUUCCACGCGAGUCUCUGGACAUACCCUACUCCAUGCCCGACCCGCGCACCUGGACGCAGGCAUCCGAACUACCCGCUGAGCGUCAGAAUCGGCUUCUGGGCGUCCUCAAGGCCGCAGAGGCCCGCGGCCGAGUCCGCGCCCUGAGGUUGCGCUACACGCGAAUGCGGGCAGAGGAAAUCGCUCUCCUGAUCCAGAGGCAGGGCUCAGCGCGCGCCGCCAUUCGGCUGGAACUGUUCCUACCACCCCAACUGAAGCCCACGAAAAUCCCCGAUCCUCUGGACCGACAGGAGGUGCGGGCAAACCCGGAGACGGGUGAGAGGGCCCCCGUGCCUCGCCACACACUGACACCAGCUCCUUUCUCCGCAGCGGAGGCGUGUUGAGACAAUCCUGGAAGAGGCGGUAGAUGGCAGCAUCUUCCCGCGAUGACGGUGACCCUGGCCUACAGAGCCCCAGGAUUACAAGGGCUUCCCACCCUCUAACAUAAAGUUCUCAUCGAGGGUUCUCGGGUCUUUCCCUUCUUUUCCCCCUGGACUCCCGGAGGGAAGGGCAAGCUUAGAUGCCACCUCCCACAGCCACAGUCACAGUGAUGGCUCUCCAAAGUAAGGAGACGUUAAGAUAAUCCUAUCUCCCAAUCGCCUGCCUCCAUCAGGCAACCGGUGCCCUUCAGGACCAUAGAGGUAGUGGGGAGGGGAGGUACCAAUGUGGGAAAGGAUAUGGGUGAGCCUGCCUUGAUACCAGCACCCCCAGAAAUCAGGGUUGUCUUCAAAGUUGGAUCAUUCCACCUGAGGGCUGGGGUGGCAUUCGGGGAGGGAGAAUGACGGCAAAGCCAAAGCUGGCCUUUGGAGAGUCCAGUUAGUUAUGCCCAGAGGACCAACAGAUUGUGAAUGGGGCCUCCUCGCCAAGGUCCCUGGAUGGUGGACAGAAAGCUCACCCACAGCCUCCCUUUCGUCAGAAACAGCCUCCUGUGCCCACUUGUCCACCAAACAUGGAACACAGGAAGGAAGCCACCCUUCCCAUUCCAAUCACUAGACUCUGAAAAGCCCCUGGUUUCUGAGCAGCUCUUCUUCCUCUUCUCCACAGCAUGGGCUCUUUGCAGAACCUGUGGUGCCUUGGCCCCUUGGCCUUGUCCUCCAUCCCAGCCUCUACCCAGCAGGCUGAAGAGAGGUGGGAGCUGUAAGGAGGUAGAAAGCUCCCUGUCCUUGCAUGGAAGCUCCCACUGGCUCUGUAUGAAACAGAGAACAGAAGGGAUGGAAGAAAAAGAGAUCAAAACUGUGGUCCACUCACUGAGGGCCAGUUCCCGGGCUCUGUUUCCUCAGCUGGUCUUCUCCCCCUGCACAUGACCCUUCUCACUUUCUGGCCUGUGGCUGCCCUGAGCCUUGAUCCAAACCCAGAUGGCAGCGCCCACAAAUCAGCAGUAGUUCUCAGGAGGAGGGGAGGGGGUUUCAGGCAGUGGUAAGGAUGGCAGAGCAGUAAAUGGUAGGUUUGGACAUGAUUGUGGGCAGGGAAAAUAGUCUCUUCAUCCAGGAAUGAUGGUCAUACACACCCAGAUACAGCCCUCUAAUGACAGUCACACCAGAUGAUAGCCAGUGCUGGGCUCCUCUGGGCAAGCUCCUUGGAGUCUGUACCCCAGGAUUUGUCUCUUGGAGAUUUGCUAAGUGCCUAGAAAAACUUCAUCUAUUUAGUAAAGCUAUGCCAUUAUUUCA